AUGGGACAUCCGAAUGUGCCGCUCAUCUACACAUACUCGCACUCCCAAAGGAAAAGACACAAAACUGGUCAACAGGAACCCUAUCCGCAAAAUGACAACCUGAACAACGCGUUAGGUGCCAUCAGAGUCCUCGGUUUGGAGCUGAUUGAGGACGAACUUAAACCACAUCUGAACACAGUGCUGACCAACAUUAAAGAGAGAAACAAAGGCGCUGCUGAGCAGGUGGUCAUCAGUGGGAUCCUUCCAAUUCUGGCCUGGUCUCUGAGAUCCAGAGGGCCUCUCACAGUUCUGACUGCAAAACUGGUGGCUGAACUCGCCAAAGAAUCUGUGAUUCGUAAAGGUUUCGGUGAUGCAGGUCUGGGCACGGCUCUGCUGUCUGUGCUGACCAGUCCAGACCAAGAAUUACUCUUCUAUGCUGCAAGAGCAAUCUCCCGCAUGUCUUAUGACAGCUCUAAGCUCCAGGACCUGUUACUCCGUCGUGGCGCGGUUCCACGUCUCGUCGCCAUCCUGCUGCGUUUCCAUGAUAAGGAGGCCCUGGAGGAGGUGUGUCUUCAGGCCCUGUGUAAUGUCAGUGGCAUGGGUGUGUCAGAGGAGGCCGGGAUGAUGUGGGAGAGGGGGGCGUCAGUGAGGCCGGGGGAGUGCGUUUAUCACGGCGUCACCCCUCACACCUGUGGUUUCGCCUCCUCUGUGAUUCUGGUGUGUGCCACUCAGUGGGCCCCGGGUCAGUACGCCGUUAAAAUCGAGGUGUUCCAGCGCUGCUCCUCCUCCUUCUGGAGCCUCCACGGGAACAGGCAGGGAACGAGCUGGUUCCCCUUCUCUGGUUUGGGGAGCUGCUCAAAUCUGUACAAGGUGAUCAAGUUCACGCCAAAGAACAUUCCCCGAACUAAAAGCCUGAGGUCUCGCGUGUUUCACACUUUACUCUGA